CGUCUGAGCUCAGCUGACGUGAGAUCAUCGGCAGGAGAAAAACAGCGAUGGCGGCGGAGAUCCACUCUAGGCCUCAGAACUCCAGACCCGUUCUCCUCAAUAAGAUUGAGGGACACAGCGACACAGUCAACGCCGCCGUGCUCAUCCCAAAAGAGGACGGAGUGAUCACGGUCGGCGAGGACAGGACGAUUCGAGUUUGGCUGAAGAGAGACAGUGGACAGUAUUGGCCCAGCAUCUUCCACACUGUGUCCUCUCCCUGCUCCUGUGUGUCGUAUCACCAUGACAGCAGGCGGAUCUUCAUAGGGCAGGACAAUGGAGCUGUUGUGGAGUUUCUUAUCUCUGAAGACUUCAACAAAAUGAACCAUGUGAAAACAUACCCAGUUCAUCAGAACCGUGUGUCAGAUCUGCUCUUCUCUUUGGAGUGUCAGUGGGUGAUCAGUACGAGUCAUGAUAAGACCGUCAGCUGGAUGAGCACACAGAGCGGCUCUAUGCUUGGCCGACACGGCUUCGGCUCAUGGGCGUCCUGUUUGCAAUUUGAUAGUGAUACCCAGCAUGCCUUUGUGGGAGAUUAUUCAGGUCAGAUAACUCUGCUGAAACUGGAAGAACAGACGUGUUCUGUCAUCACCACGCUAAAGGGACAUGAAGGUAGUAUCGGUGCAAUAUAUUGGGAUCCGGUUCAGAGGUGGUUGUUCUCCGGUGCGUCUGAUCACAGUGUCAUCAUGUGGGACAUCGGUGGUCGACAGGGACGCACGUUACUCCUACAGGGACAUCAUGAGAAGGUCCAGGCGUUGAGGUAUUUUCCAUUGACCCAUCAGCUGAUGUCGUGCUCUGCUGAUGGAGGAAUAACAGUUUGGAAUAUGGACGCGAGCCGUGAGGAGGCGCCACAGUGGUUGGACAGCGACUCGUGUCAGAAUUGCCAACAGCCAUUUUUUUGGAAUAUUAAACAGAUGUGGGACACGAAGACAUUCGGCCUCAGACAGCAUCACUGCAGGAAGUGUGGUAAGGCGAUCUGUGGGAAAUGUAGUUCAAAACGCUCUACGUACCCCAUCAUGGGCUUUGAGUUCCAGGUGCGCAUGUGUGACGACUGCUACAACACCAUCAAAGAAGAAGAUCGAGCACCUCUGGCCACGUUUCACGAGGGAAAACACAACAUCGCUCACAUGGACUUGGACCCGAGCCGUGGACAGAUGGUCACGUGUGGAAGCGAUCGUGUUGUAAAGAUCUGGGAUAUGACACAGGUGAUUGGCAGCAGUAUAGCGGCAGGAUUCUCUCCCUACUGAUUGGUUGUCCCUGAAAACACCACCCCCACUCGAGUAAUAGAGACUGUUUGAGGACCAGUCGUCGUGAUGAAAACGCUCACCUACCUAACAGUCCACACCGGACAGUCCAGCUCCAAGUGUGUACAUGAAUGUGUAUUGUUGACAUUUUUAUGACCGUUCUGAAUGAGUCAUUGUCGACUCUUCUCACACGGAUUUUAGUGAACGUGAACUCAAGGUACAUCUACAAGCACAAUAUUUGCGCUCUUUCUCUCUGCGUGUUGGCUUUUUCACAAACAAAAUGCUACUGACAUUUUGGACGUUUGACAUGCUCCUUUUGCCCACAAUUCCUAUUGAGUUUUCUUUCAUCUAGCAUCCUGUUUCUUCUUUAACUCGCUUUUUUGUUUCAGUUUCAUUUGAGUGCCACAACUGCCCAUAGUAACUGCCCCUUAUGUUCCUUAUGUUUCCAUGGCAACUAGCAUAGAACAAUGACAGGAGAAACUUGGUGUUUUUCCUCAACAUUGCCAGCAAAAGGACAACAAAGUAAAUAGAGUUUAAAGGUCAAAUGUACACACAGCUGUUUUGGGGUUCAGUAGGUGAGGAUAAAUGUAGCAUAUAUAAUCUGAGGAGCCUUUUAAUGAUUAAAAUGCAUUAGGUUAGUAAAUAAUGUACUGGUGUUUACUUUCAUAAAGCACUCUAUAAAGCACUUACCGACUUAUUUCUGUAAUGUAGGGAAAAGAAAAAGGAAGAAUCUACCUAAAAUGUCUACUUGCUCUAAUGUGGACCAAAUAUUGUAAGAUGUUCACCCUUGAUCUCAUCAUAUCUUACACAUAGAUAUGUUCUGUGAUAAGCAUGUUUAAAUUCAUUUGCUCUCAAAUAUUACGGUAAGGGUUUUAUAUAUCAAACAUGCUAUAUGCCAUAUUGGAUAUAUUAUCAGUGAAUAAUGAGUAAAAAUAUGGUCUUCUCACAAAGCUGACAUAUGGGUUUAAAUGGUAUUCAGCGAGUAUAGUUUGCUGAACAUUCUGCUAAACAUCUUUUUUAGUUUGGACCGGCAUGAGGGAAACAGUUACAAAACCUUGAAAGUGAAUUACUAAUUAAAUGUGUAUUUCUGUAAAAAUCGAUUGAAAAGAAACUUAAAGAGCAGCUUCUAAAAAUGUUUGAAAUGUAAAUACUGUUCAUGGUUUACUGUUCAGUGAUGUUUCCAGCCUGCUCCAAAACUCUCUCUUUCUCUCCAACCAAACAUUUUUUCACCCAUCUGUAGCAUCUCAUUGUCUUCAAGCAUCUCUCGUUCCUUGCACUAAAUCGCACAGACUGUGUUUGUUCAUGAUCUGAGAGUACACACAUGAUUUGUGUGUUUCACUUGCUUUGUCUGGGUUUCAUUUUAUUAUGCGUCACACAUUAGACACUUGUAAAUAACUUUGUUUCUGUCAUAAGAAUCUUCAACUUUUCUAAUUUCUGUAGAAAAUAGAGCAAGAAGAAAAUGCAAGUCUUGCUAAACUCAAAUUACCUUGCUGUGAUGUCAUAGAGAACAGGUGACCUCACACGUUUUGACAUUGCUGUGUCACAGUAACAUUGGUCAUUUGAACUGAGAAUGUGCGUAAAAUGCAAGAAAAUUGUCACAAUGCAAAAAAACGCUUCGUGGAACCAAAUAAGGCUUUUUUAAAUAAUACAAUUAUUUUUAGUUUCGGUAAAAAAAAAAGUUAGGAUGACAUUUUUAUUUAACCUUUCAUUGUCUCCUUACAGUUUUACUGAAGUGUCUUACGGUGAGUCACAUCGAUCUGCUUGAAAUCACAAACACAUCUGACAUUUAAACACUUCAAACACUCAGUAUUGUUUUUGCCUUUAUACGUUGAGAACAUUGUCAAACUAAGGAUCAAAUACUAACAUUGUAAAUUACUAAAAAAUACUUUUUUCUAUGUCCUUUUCCAAGACUUUAUUCAGUAGUUCAGUAAUAAAGUAUUAUUCUUUCUCUCUA